AUGGGCCGUGACGAAACUCGCAUCUACGUUGGAAAUCUUCCGCCAGACGUUCGUGAGAAAGACAUUGAAGAUAUCUUUGCCAAGUAUGGGAAGGUUCGCUUUGUGGACAUUAAGGGAGGGCGUGGGCCGCUCUACGCUUUCGUCGAAUUUGAGGACCCUCGAGACGCGGAAGAUGCGGUGCGUGGUCGAGAUGGAUACGAUUUCGAUGGUUCUCGUAUCCGCGUAGAAUUCACUCGUGGCGUGGGUCCACGCGGUGCAGGAGGAAGACCUUUGAGUGGUCGUGGUGGAAGUUUCAGAGGCCGCGGAGCCCCUCGAGGUCGUGGUGGUCCCCCAUCGCGCCGUUCAAACUACCGCGUGAUUGUUGAAGGACUUCCUGCUACUGGUUCCUGGCAAGACCUAAAAGAUCACAUGCGAGAGGCGGGUGAGAUCUGCUAUGCAGACGUUUCGCGCGAUGGAACUGGUGCAGUGGAAUUUAUUCGUUUUGAUGACAUGAAAUAUGCCCUGAAGAAGCUAGAUGAUACUAAGUUCCGUUCUCAUGAGGGAGAGACCUCAUACAUUCGUGUACGUGAAGACACAAGCUCGGGCGGUGGUCGCGGUGGUAGAAGCCGUUCAGAUAGCCGCUCACGCAGUCCACGUCGCUCAUCACCGAAGUACAGUCCGAGGGGCUCACGUUCUCGCAGUCGCUCAGAAUCGAGAUCAAAAUCUCGCUCUCGUACCCGCUCUCCUGAAUAA